AUGGCAGAAGAAAAUUCCAAUUCAAUUACGGAUUUUGCAGCUAAGUUUAUGCAAGUUGCACUAGAUCUGGGUGAUGUUCAAGAAGUUGUCUAUCAUCAAGCUGAAGAUUCUGAAGAGAAAGAAGACAAUGGUGAAGAAUUCAGCUUGGUUGGCAAAAAAUUUAUUGAGGGGAAAAUGGGUCUGACGACAGUGGAGAAAUUUCUUGGUUCUAUUUGGGAUUUUAUCUCAUCUGGUGAUGCUAAAGUCUUUGAGUUGGAUAACAACAUAAUGGAGUUUCGUUUUAAAGAUGAAGAUACUCGCAAGAAGGUCUUUGAUUCUAGACCAUGGAGCAUAAAUGGUUAUCUGAUUAAUUUUCGCUACUACAAUUCUGAAGUUAUCUAUCAAGAGAUGGAUUGGAGUAAACAGUGUUUCUGGAUCCAAAUAAAGAAGAUUUUUCCAGAACAUAUGAAUGUCAAGGCCAUUACCAAAAUUGGUAAACUUAUGGGCUCAGUUAUGGCAAUUGAACCUGAAGAUGGUGUUCCAGUUGGUGGUGAUCCUGUUAAGCCACACAAAAUUUGUCCAAAAUGUUACAUCAUUAAUCAUACCAAAGGAGCUUGUAAAGCUGCUGCUGAUUACCUGGUUAAGACUCAUGCUAAACCUCAUUUCUUUGGUGAGGUUAGGAAAGGAAAAGGAAAGCAGAUAGUAAUUGCUAGGAAUGGUGACCAUGUUCCAAUCGUCUCCAAGAAGGAAGCUAAUAAGGGUAUUACCUUUGUUCCACCUAAGGAUGGUUAUGUUGUUAGUUCGGCUAGUGAAAAUGCUGAAGGGUAUAAUAUUGAAGGUGAAAGACUUGGUAAAAGGCAGAGAAAUGAUUUUCCAGUUUCUCAUGUUUUUGAACAAGGAUAUAAUAGUAAUGGCAAUCUGAGGAACACACAGACAACUCACAUGGUCACAGCAAGGGAUAUCAAUCAAUGCAACACUAAGGAGACUGAGGUACCUAUUCUAAAAUUUCAUCUCAAUUUUAUUUUGGAUUUAAGCUAUUUAAGUUUGAAAAUGAAAAUAGUUUCUUGGAAUGUUCAAGGUAUUGCUAACAAUUUCACAAAGCAGCAAUUUCAAAAUUUAGUUAAAACCCAAAAUUCUGACUUUAUUUUUCUUUGUGAAACUAAGAUUGAUGAAAGUAGAAUGAUGUUAAUUGCUCAGUAUGUUCAUUACUAUAACUUUGCUUGCAUAGACAGAGAAGGAAUGGCUGGUGGUCUAGUUCUUAUGUGGAAGGAUGGUAUUGAUGUUGAAGUUAUUGGAUGUGAAAAUAACAUUAUCCAUGCUCUGAUUCAAUUAUAUCCUAGUAAACCUCAAGUUCUUAUAUCUUUUAUGUAUGGCUCAACUUAUACUAAACCUAAGAAAACCCAAUGGAACUGUUUGUGUGAAUUUAGCAAGGAUAUUCAGCUGUCAUGGUUGGUUAUUGGGGAUUUAAAUUUUCACUUAGAUUGUAAUAGCAAUACAUCUGAUAAAUGGGUUCAAUAUAGAGUUAAUGAUGCUGGGUUAAUUGAUAUUGGUUAUGAGGGUAAGGAUUAUACUUGGACUAGCAACUCCUUUGGAACUGGAACUAGAAAAGCAAGAUUAGAUAUGGCUCUCUCCAAUAAUGACCGGUCCAUUAAUUUUUCUAGUGCUAAACUUUUACAUCUGAACUUUAUUGCUUCUGAUCAUUGCCCUGUUUUGCUCAUUAAAGAUCCUAUACCAAAGCAUUUGUGGAGACCUUUUAAGUUCUUUAGAACUUGGAUUGAACAUGAAACUUUUAAAGAAAAAUUUGAGAAUUCUUGGAAUGUAGAUGUUUAUGGUAGCCUUCUUUUAAGUUGA